AUGAAAAUAUCUUUUGCAAAAUACUCCAAAGGUUUGCUCCAGGCCUGCAAUUCAAGAGGACCGCCAGGACCGGAUGGAAUGGAUGGAAGUAAAGGAGACCUGGAACCACGAGGAGCGACAGGACCUCGGGGACUGAAGGGUCCAAUUGGACCGAGGGGAGACAACGGACAAAAAGGACUGCCUGGGUCGCAAGGACCGCGUGGAGAACAGGGUGAAAAAGAGGAAGUAGAACCAAUAAUAUCAGUUCUCUUAUUUUUGGUUGUUUUUGUUUGUUUGUACCAACCUGUCGUUAAUGCGUCCUUCCCAUUACGCCAUAAAAUUGAUAAAUUUGGAAUUAUAAUCGGUGCCUUAGUAAAAUUUGCUUAG